AGUUCCGGCUGACGUCAUUCUGUGUUUACUUUAUUUUCCUUUCGUUAAAUCUACUUAUAUUCAUUUCUAUAUAAUAUUUUUGUUCAUAUUUAUUUUGAAAAUCAACUGUAAAACAUAUUUAUUCCGUGUGAAAUAGCACCAGGGAUACAGACGAGCAUGCAUAGGAGGUAUAUCCCAUAUUCGCCUGUAACCUGUGUUCUUCUGAAACAAAGAUGGGACAAUGUUGUCUUUAAAAGCCACAGAAAGAAAGUUCGUGCAGCGAAGGCUGUGAUUGACAACAAGACUCCAAGAGAAUAUCGUCAUGUGAUUAUCAAACUUAAAAAACAUCAGUAUGAGGCAGAGAGGGAAGAAGUUAUCAACCGAGACAAUCAAGACUUGUAUAGAAAGAUGGACCAUAUCAUGCGUACAGGUGGACGGACAGAUCACAAAAAUACCUCGCUAUGCUACAGUAAAAGGAACAAGAAAUGAUACAUCAUUUGCUGAGAGGGAUGAAGCGGGAGAGAGAGAGAGAGAGGAUGUACUUUUGACAGUCGCAAUUUAUUUUUUUAAGAGUAAAAAUCUUCAGCAUUAAUCAGAUUUUAUCGAAAACGUUC